AGUGUGCCGUGGUGCGCGGCGCGGUGCGGACGUGUGGCGUGCGGGGCAGGCGGUGAUUCUCGCGCCGCCCGGGGUGAACACCGGUGACCCCCUCGAGUGUGUGUGUGCGUUUUUUGUUUUCCCCCUUUGCGGGGGGGAAAAAUGGGGGGUAGGGGUGAGAGAGAGGAAAAAAAUUAAACAUAACCUCCUCACCCCCGCGACUCGUCUUCUUCACAUCGCACGGAACGCAUACAAUAAACAAUAUACAACAUAUAUAUAUUUUUUUUUGCAGACUCCUUUACACUUGACCUCGUUCCUCGCACAAGGUAAAAUACGAGCUGCGACGGGCGACUAUGCAUCAGGGCGUGGCCAGGCGUGCCAACCACGCCUCCGCAGACCGCCGCUCACUCCAGAGAUACCAACUGACCCACGAGGACAGAGCAGGAACACACCCUUAAAGCUAGGCCCCGGCGCGCAUGGACCCGGGGUCCCGGCGGCGCUAGACGGCCUCGCCGGAGGGCGCGCAUGGAGGCGAAUGCCAGCUCCGGGGAGGACGAGCCGUGGUUCCCCGGGCCGGACGCCCCCUACGGCCCCGUCGCCUCCGUCUUCAUCGUGCUCGUCCUCCUCUGCGUCAUCGUGGGCACCGUCGUCGGCAACAUCCUCGUCUGCGUGGCGGUGUUCCUGGUGCGCAAGCUGCGCCGGCCCUGCAACUACCUGCUGGUGUCCCUCGCCGUGUCCGACCUGUGCGUCGCCACCUUGGUGAUGCCCAUGGCGCUGCUCUACGAGGUGCUGGGCCGCUGGAGCUUCGGCGACGUCGUCUGCGACCUGUGGGUGUCUUUCGACGUGCUCUCCUGCACCGCGUCGAUCCUCAACCUGUGCAUGAUCUCCGUGGACCGCUACUACGCCAUCACCAAGCCCUUGGAGUACGGCGUCAAGCGCACCCCUCGCCGCAUGAUCCUGUGCGUGUCUCUGGUGUGGCUGGGCGCAGCCUGCAUCAGCCUUCCUCCGCUGCUGAUCCUGGGCAACGAGCACGGGCCCAGCGACGGCUCCGGGCCGCAGCAGUGCUUCGUCUACCAGAACUUCGGCUACCAGAUCUACGCCACCUUAGGGUCGUUCUACAUCCCGCUCAGCGUCAUGAUCGUCGUCUACUACAAGAUCUUCCGCGCGGCUCGCAGGAUCGUGCUGGAGGAGCGGCGCGCCCAGUCGCACCUGGAGACGCACAGCUACCUGGAGAUCAACGUGCGCAACGGCGGCGGGCCGCCCGAGACCAAGCUGUCGUCGGCGGCGGCGGCGGCGGGGGCGGCGGGGGCGGCGGGGGCGGCGGGCAAGCACCAUCGCCACCGCGCCAGUUCCGGCAGCACCAACACCACCGUUCACGCCAUCCGCCACAGAUGGCAGCACCCGUGGUUACACAAUUCCGCGUUCCAUGCGACUCCCGUUCCAGUCACGAAAUUUCUCCCACCAAUUGCAGCGCACAGAGAGUGCAGCGGCCACAGCACGCGGUGCUUCUCGACGGGCGGCGCCCCGCGGCGGUCCAACGAGUCUCAGGUGUCGAUGCUGCAGGCGCCUUCGGCCCCGCGCGGCCACAAGAAGCACAAGUCGUUCUCCGCCGCGGCGUCGGGCCGCUUCAAGUCGCGCAAGGGCGGCGACCCGGGGGGACUCUCCUCCCAGCACCACAAGAAACUGCGCUUCGCGCUGGCCAAGGAGCGCAAGGCGUCCACCACGCUCGGCAUCAUCAUGAGCGCCUUCACCGUCUGCUGGCUGCCCUUCUUCGUGCUGGCGCUCGUCAGACCCUUCCUGCACGACGCGUCCUCCUCCAUCCCCUCCUGGCUGUCGUCGCUCUUCCUCUGGCUCGGGUACGCCAACUCGCUGCUCAACCCCAUCAUCUACGCCACGCUGAACCGCGACUUCCGCCGCCCCUUCCAGCAGAUCCUCUACUUCCGCUGCAGCUCGCUCAACCACAUGAUGCGCGAGGAGUUCUACCACUCGCAGUACGGCGACCCCGACCAUGCGCAGUACUUCUGCGCGCACCCGGACGGCGCCUACGAGGAGGGCGAGGUGACCCGCGUGGCUGCCGUGGAGGACGACGACGAGGCUGUAAGGGAGCGGCUGCCCGAGUCGCGCCACAUCCGCGCCGACGAGUCCUUCCUGUGAUAGUGCGAGCUGCCGCCGCCAGGGCUGCGCGAGAUCCUCCUCUGAUGUCCCAACCUCCUCAUGUCCUCGUCCUCUGAUGUCCUUGUCUUCUCAUGUCCUCGUCUUCUGAUGUCCCAACCUUCUCAUGUCCUGAUCUUCUGAUGUCCUCAUCUUCUCAUGUCCUGAUCUUCUGAUGUCCUCAUCUUCUGAUGUCCUCAUCUUCUGAUGUCCUCAUCUUCUGAUGUCCUCAUCUUCUGAUGUCCUCAUCUUCUGAUGUCCUCAUCUUCUGAUGUCCUCAUCUUCUAAUGCCCUCAUCUUCUGAUCUCCUGAUCUUUCUAUGUCCUGAUCUUUCUAUGUCCUGAUCUUUCUAUGUCCUGAUAUUUUUAUUUCCUGAUCUUCUGUCCCGAUCUUCUGAUUUCCUCAUCUUCUGAUUUCCUCAUCUUCUGAUUUCCUCAUCUUAUUAUU